AUGGCGAGAAAAUUCUUUACACAAAAAAUUAAAGGGAGUGUUGAUUUUAUAAAACCACCAUCUUUGACAUUAACGGAUGAAGAAUUAGCUCAAAUACCCGAUCCACCAACCUUUGAUGACUCAGAUACGACAAAUAUUAAAAGUAAAAGUAAAAGUAAUGGUGAUGCAAAAAAAGCUACCAAAAUUUCAAGAAAAUUUGGUGGCACCGUAAGAUUAGAAAAAAGGCUAAGUUCGAUACCAAUUAUUUGGCACCAACACGAAAAAAAUAAGUCAAGAAGACAGCAGCAAGAAAACGAUGACCUUUCUCAAGGAGAAAAAAAAAAUAGCUCAAUUUUCCAAAAAAAAAAAAAAGUUUCACAUUCGCAGACUAAGAUGGCAUUAAAUUACAACUAUGAUUCGAAUAAUAGCAGAAUAGAAGACGAUGCAGUUGAAUUGAAGCCUGUAGAUUAUAAAUUAGUAAAUAAAACAUUAUCUCAAACGGCUAGCAACGUUAGAAGUACUUCAGGUCCUAAUACCUUUUUAAGACCACCGCCACCGGCAUCUUGCCCUAGUAACAAUGAAAUGACAGCUAGGAAAGAAGCCACAACAAAGCCUUUUAAAAUUGAACAAUUUUAUAAUGUUUUUCCGACAUUACCACAACAAAAAAUGGCACCUGGAACUACAAUUCAUUAUAACCACUCUUUAAACAAAAGCAAUGAAACUUUACACACACAUAAAAGCAAAAAAAGUUCGAAUGAGGUUUUGUUUGAAGAGAUUUUAAGCUCUUAUAUGGAACAUCCACCGGUAAAAAAUAAAAUUGUGGUUAAUAAUUUUAAAAAGUGUGAAGAAAUUCAACAAAAACAUGAUAUUAAUUUUAUCAUUGAUGAAAAACAUUUUCAGGACUCUAUUAAAUGGGAGAAGAUUCAAACACCUGUUAAGGAUAUUUCCAUGAGAUAUAGCGUAAAUACUUUUGAGACACCAUCUACUGAGGAGGAAAAUGACUCUUCGUCAUUAGGUGACAAAUUACAAACACAAACAUCAGAUUCCAACUCUUCUUUGUCUGAAGGGGAAGAAUACUACGAAAAAGAAGAGUUUGGAAUCAUAGAGGGGAAAAAGGCACAAGAUAAUGCCAGUUUUACGAAGUUUGAACGUACAAUCAGUGAAUACCCAAGUAUGGAAAGAUUAAACACUACUGAAUCGUUAGAUAUCAAUGAAAAAAAUUGUAAUGCACAAAAUGAAUGGAAAUUCAGAGAUUCUAACUUUAUAAGUGAAUUAAAUGAUUUCUUAAAGGGUUCUAUAAAUUCAGCGUCAGAGACAAAGAAUAAUAAUGAUAAUAUUAAUAGGAAACAUCAUGUUUUAAAGCAGAUUAGAAUAGAUAGACCUACCAUAAUGUAUGUUGAGUAUUCUGAUAGUGAAAGUACAAACUCUAUUUACGAUAACAAAAAGGAAGUAUUAGCAAGAGGGAUGAAUGAUAAAGAUUUUUUUAUUGAAAGGUUAGAAGCUGAAAUUAAAGAUUUGGAAAUUGUAUGA